AGAUAUUGAACUGUGGUAUAACCCACGCUGAAUUAAUUCCGCACGCGUUCUAGCUGUUGUUUUGCAAACCACGUUAAAUGACCAGGCUUGACCACUGGGAUAUCAGGGGAUAUUAGUGAUCAAGGUGUGUUACGCUUCAUAUACGCCGACAGCGGUAGGCAACUCUCCACACCAGCGCAGUAAGAACCAACAGCGUUCGAGAUUUGGUCGUGAUUGACAGGUGCUUGUUCGUUUGACUGACAGGUGUGUAUUGCAGAGCGACUGAGUUAGGCAAGGGAGACUUGUCAUUGACUGUGGAAACAUACCGUUCAGGUCAGAGGACAUUGUGCAGUUGUAAAUCACGGCAUGGACAACGUGAAGAUAACGUGAUCUCUUGGAGUCAGUGAAGACUACAUCCAUACCGACUGAUUAGAUUUGUGUUCCCGGGGAGGAAAAUAACGCGCGUAUGGCAAUAAGGAAUCGCCUGUGGCUUUUAACGGGACUCCAAGUGACCUUGAAACGUGGUCCCCAAAGAGUUGUGACAGAUCUCCGGACAGUGUGACACAGGACAACGUGACACUGUACAAGAUAACCAACGCUGCCGUGACAGGCAUACAAUACAACGCUGUGAUUAAGCUCUUGUAACGCUCGUUUAUUCUUCCCCAUCAGUCAGUUACCCUUUGUAUCAGAUAACAUACGGGUGCGCAGCGGGUGCCAGGGUACAUCUGUACCACUUGUCCUCUACAGAAGAACAUUUUCAAUUCCAGCGUGACAAUUGUGGCGCCGUCAGGAAGAGAAAAAAGACAUUAGCUAUCAUAUAACUUCUGGUGAUCCUUGGGUCCCCAUGUGACUGUCAGCGUAUACAAGAGCUUUGGAUUCAAGAGUUCAAACGUCAACGCUUGAUUGAGCAUUACACCUGUUCGAAGGAACUAAACAUUGACACGUGACGGAUAGGUGCAGUCACGUGACGUAUGUCUGAAGCGACCUGUGUGAAGGUGGAGGACGCCGUCACUUCGUGCGACAUGACGACGGGGAGGCUGGCCGCUGGGUUUACUGCGGAUGAUGGCGAGGAUGACAUACCCGAUAUUCCUGUACUCAAGAGCGAGACAGUGCGUAGUCGAAAAGGAGCCCGCGAGGAAAUGGAGACAAAGUCGCCUUGGGAGUCGCUCGUCGAAGUAGCAGGCAGUCUGAACCAAGACACGCGGAAGGUGUUCCGGUAUAUGAAGAAGAAGCUGCGCACUAAACGACGCAAUGGAGAGACGGAGGUCAAGGCCAUUCAUAUAGUUCCGGAUGAUGACGAGAGAAAGUGGGCGAGAAGGUCAGCCAGCAGCGCAGCAAGCAGGACAUCUACUGAUACUGCUUGUUCCAACAGUAGUCGUGAGGAUAGCAGCCUGCAAGUAGUGCACGACAUGGCGGAGGAUGUCAUAGUCGGCCUAGAGUGACGGUAAACAGGCAGCAACAACUGCAUGGUGCUACUUUACAGGACAAAGAGGGUAAAAGGCAAUGCGAUAUUCUACCGCGAUUAACCAGUGAUCGCUUCGGCAACAACAUACCCUUGACGUAUGCCUGAUUACUUCGACCGGAACUUUGUAGUUCUCCCUGGUGAAAGUGGACAAAGGGAGACAACUCUCGCGAUCACUUGGUGGUGGUUUUUGAAGACUGAACACAAAAGUCCUGGAUCAAGCCGGACAAACAUUCCCGAUGUGUUAUCCCCCUUUCGUCAACUUUCGAAGUUUAUUGUCUUGUCAUUAUUAUACAGAUACAGCUAUGUGUCAGUGUGUCCUCAAACGCAAGCUGUCAUUCGGAUAUAAAUUGGAACAAAGAAGACGAAUGGGGCGAGUGUUUUCCAAUGGCUGCAGAUAUCAUCAGUUGAUGAAUUGUUACUCCAGAUUAUCUUUCCAGAUGAAAACGAUGUAAAGUGCUUUCCAUUAAGACAAUUAUUCCAACCAAAACAUACACUGAAUAUUUGUUAAAAAGUUUCGGAGUCUUUCUGUGUACGUAAGUGUGGAUGGUUUCUAAUACUCUUCGACAACUUGCCAGAGGCAGGUACGAUUGUCCACACAACUGAUUUGGUAUCAAUUCACGAAGGAGAGCCAUAAAGAAAAAAUACACACAGCGUAUCCACGUUCAGGGCAACAAAUGGGGUAUGACAGGCCCUUACCCAGGAAAACGCCCACUAUCAGAUUUGUCUGAAUCUAUAUCAGUAUUAUGUCACUUUCUUCAUAACUACUAUGUGUGGAUUGUGUGAAGAUGUGUGUGUGUGUGGGUGUCUCGAAUAUGUUACAUUCAAUAGAUUUCGUUUCGAUAGAACAAGGGACCGAUCAUUUGAUAUUCACCGUUGUGUCAAACUUUGAUAUGUCGAACUUACGGUUGUCUCGAAGUAAAAAAUUGGUCCCUGCGUAUUUCUUCUUUAUUCAUCAUUUUUUCGGUUGUGUCGCACCUCGGAUAACUCGAAUUAUUUACGAAGGUCCCGUCCACGUGGACACAACGGUGUUUGACUGUACUUGGGAUGCCUGGGAUUUUAUCGAAAAAUAAAUCGUUCCACACAAUACUUGAAAAACCAAAUUAUGCUUCAGAUUGUUGAAAAGAAAAUUGUCUGUCACAAAAAUGACAUUUUUGCAAGGUGUUAUUAAUUUUUUAAAUAUUUGGGCUCAUACUUCUAGCUAAACAAAUAUCUUGUUUUGUGUCUGUAGCUACCACAGUGUGUCGUCUCCAUACAAAAUCCCAGCCCCUCUUCCCAGAAUGGUCGCUCCGUAGAUGACGUGUCAGAUAUCAGAUGCAUUUUUUUCUCUUAUGACAUUUACGAGGCCACACUUAAUUAAUUUUUACGUUUUCAUCCUAAUCUUCAUGGGAGACGGCUGGCACUUUAUUACAUAUUUUUAAUAGUUUUUCUUCACAAGCAGUUCAAGGUAUCUGCGUACAUUAUCUAUGAGUGUUAUGCACGUGCAACAUGUAUGUUUGGUAGGACAGUGUACGUGUUGUAUUUGUAUGAUGUAAGACCUUCGUUUACAAACAUAUUGACCUAAAAUUCAAUGUUGGUGGUCGACAAGAACAUAAAAAUAUUUUCAGCUUCCAGAUUAGUACUAUUACUUAUGAACGAAAAGCAAACUCGCACGUCACAAAAGUACGUUUGCAAAAGAUACCGAAAGAUAACUGAUAAGAUAUUAAAUGUAUUAUUCAACAUUUCUUAGAAAGAGCAGUGACCAGAUCAGGUAACAGAUAGAUCACGCGUAUGAUGAUUUUUAAAAUUUAAUCUCGUGUUGUUUCCCAAUCUGCCGAUAAGCAAUGGCUGCCACGUGAACGACUGCCUUGUUGUAUUUCUAUCAAAAGUAGAAUAUAUUCUGAAUUGUAACGAUGCCACUUGAAGCUUUUGUUCUGAGGUGAAGUAAAAAUGGCAUUUUUCAUUACAUUAAUGAUGGACGUGGUUCAGCGAGAUCGGGGAUUGUAACAUUCCGUCCAGAAGUGGAUGUAAGUCCGUCCGAAUAUGUACAGACGUUUGUGUGCAAACCAUCCGUCCGUAUAUGCACAGACGUUUGUGUGCAAACAAUGCAGUCGAUCGACCUCCCAUGUUUUUUUACUAUAUAUAUGAUUUGACUUUUGCAUGUUUAUAUGUCUUGAAUAAAUUAAAAUGAGGCA